AUGGACAACCUCAUAGUGGUGAAUUUAGUGUUCAAAACCCCCAUUGGCCUGGCAGCAGGAUUCGACAAGCAUGGAGAGGCUGUGGAAGGCUUGUUCCGCAUGGGAUUCAGCUUUGUGGAGGUGGGCUCUGUAACCCCCUUGCCCCAACAAGGCAACCCAAAACCUCGAGUGUUUCGACUCAGGGAUGAUAAGGCAGUCAUAAACAGGUACUGUUGGAUCUCCCUUGAAAAGCCUCUUAUGAUAUGGCCUUUCUUGAAAAGGUCAUGCAGUAUUCCAAGGCCAGACUUACAAGAAACCCCUGGAGUCAGAAAACUAAAAUUUCCAAAAGUGGCCCCUCUUUGUGGUCUUUUAUUGAAGAUACAGGCCUCCCGAUUGAGGCCAUUUUCUGAUAUAAUGGGCCCUAGUUUGAGGCACUAG